AUGUCGUUGUCAUCACUGUCUUCUUCAGCCGUUGGCAAACGUACUUUCGCUCCUCCCUUGUGCUUCUGUGAGGUUCAAGCUAUAUUGAGAUACUCAAAUACUAAGGCAAAUCCAGGACGACCCUUCUUAAGGUGUCCAAAGUACAAUACAAAGGGAUUACCAUACUGUAAAUAUUUUAAGUGGGCUGAUAUAGAGCUACAAGAAUAUGCAAAUGAACUGUCAAGGAAGGAGGAAGAGCUCGAGAAGAGACUCUUCGAAGUCGAAAUCCAAGUAACUGAGCUCCGUAAGAUAGUAGAUGAAAUUAAGAAGAGAGAGAUGGAGUUGGUGCUUCUUGAAAGAUAA